CGACUUCAAAAUAAAUCCGUCUGGAAACAAGCUCAACGUUCAAUUCGUUCCUAGACAAACGGUCCGUGCUAAUAUACUUUUCGCGCCAUUCAACACACCGAAGCAGUGAGCAUUAAUCUUAGCUGUUCUGUGGAAAGCAUGCGACGAACAAGGAGUUGCCGGGGCAAGUCUGUGGCAGAUUCGGCCAGUGACGCUUCAGAGACGAAGACAAUUUGGCUGUGGAAGGGAGAUGAGGGUGAGUGGGAACCGUAUCCUUCAGAUGUCUGUGUCCAGCUGGAUACAGCAAAGCAGGCCGGUGAAAAGUCAGUGUCACUGGCCCUUGGACCUGGUUAUGAAGUGGAUCUUGUAAAAAUGACUCAGACUAAUACUGUCACCAAGUAUAAGCGAAAAAUACGCCUUCAGAAAGUGAAGUCGGAGGAUCUGAAUGACGAGAAGGCUCUGAAUGGGAAAAAUGAAGCUACGGGUGUCGUUCAGAUUAAAGAAGAGAAAGAGGAGGAAGAUGAGCAACCGGUUUCCAAGAAGAGACGCAAUGAAGGGAGGAGUCAGAAAGCGAAUAAAGCCAAGCCUGUUGUAAAAGAGGAAAGCGAAGAAGAGGUUGUGAAGACAGUGGUUAUGAAAGGAAAAGCCCCAGUUGAUUCAGAAUGCAAGGCAAAAAUUGGAAAGGCUCACGUCUACAGCGAGGGGGCCGAUGUAUAUGAUGUUAUGCUGAAUCAGACUAAUCUUCAGUUCAACAACAAUAAAUAUUACCUGAUUCAGCUUCUUCAGGAUGACAGUGGAAAAGCCUACAGCGUUUGGAUGAGGUGGGGACGAGUGGGUAAAGUAGGACAGAACAGCUUGGUUAACUGUGGGGGAAAUCUUGCUCAGGCCAAAGACACCUUUAAAAAGAAAUUCUUUGACAAGACCAAGAAUGAGUGGGAGCAUCGAGCAAAUUUCGAGAAAGUUGCAGGAAAAUAUGACAUGGUAUUUGUAGACUACAGCACUGACGACAAGCAGGAGAAGGAUGAGGCUGUGGUAUCCUCUCCUCCUCAGAUAAAGCCCUGCCAACUGGACAGCAAGGUCCAGUCUCUUCUAGAGCUUAUAUGUGACCUCAAAGCCAUGGAGGAGUGUGUGCUAGAAAUGAAGUUUGAUAUCAAAAAAGCCCCACUCGGAAAACUAACAACAGAGCAAAUUCGAGCUGGCUACGCCUCUUUGAAGAGGAUCGAGGAGUGUUUAAAGAAAAAGAGGAGUAAUAAGGAACUCUUGGAUGCAUGCAACCAAUUUUACACUCGCAUCCCCCAUGACUUUGGGUUGCGGACACCCCCCAUAAUACGCACAGAGGAUGAGCUAAAGGAAAAAAUUGCUUUGCUUGAGACCUUAAGUGACAUCCAAAUAGCAGUGAAAAUGGUUCAGUCUAGUGUUCAGAACGAUGAGCAUCCUUUGGACAGGCAGUAUCGCUCUCUACAAUGUCAAAUGCAGCCGCUGGAUUCAAACAGCAAUGAAUACAAGGUUAUAGAGAAAUAUCUUCAGUCCACUCAUGCACCCACCCAUGCGGACUACACGAUGACCAUUCUGGACAUCUUUGCUGUGGAGAAAGAGGGAGAGAAGGACAACUUCUGCUCUGAGCUGGAAAACAGAAUGCUCCUGUGGCAUGGUUCUCGUCUGACGAACUGGGUGGGGAUCCUAAGUCAGGGGUUGCGAGUGGCCCCUCCAGAGGCUCCCGUGACCGGGUACAUGUCACAAAGGUUUUUGAGCAAAACUUUCCUGGAUUUUUCUUCAUAUAGUGGACUUCAAUGGUGGCCAGUAGGUUGAAGCUGCAGUUUUAAAGCAGCUUCAAAGGACUCUACAUGAUCCCAGCUGAGGAAUAAGGGUCUUAUCUGCUGAACCGAUCUAAUUUUCUAAAAAAAAAUAAAAAUGUAUAUGAUUUUUACCACAAAUGCUCAUCUUGUCCAGCCUAACCUCACACAUUACGUAAGCUUGUGGGAAAGGUCACACAUGACUUGGGUAAGUACCAACCCAGUGUUUACAAAGCAAACGUGCAAAGAAAGUCAAACUCCCUUUACACAAAAAAAAAAAAAAAAAAAAUUAAACCAUGUUGGUGGACGUUUUUUGCCCUUCCCUACCUUUUUGAAGCAACACAAAUGAAGAACUAAACACAUGUGAUCUUUCCAAUGUGAUUACGUAAUGCGUGAAGUCGCGCAUCACAGAGCUUGUGCAAGACGAGCCUUUGUGGUUAAAAAGUAUAUAAAUAUUCUUUUUUUUUUUGAAAAUGACACUGUUUUCCUCAGUUGUGACCAUGUAGUGCCAUUUGAAGCUGCGCUGAAACUGCAAUUUGGACCUUCAAACCAUUGGCCAUCAUGGAAGUCCACUACAUGGAGAAAGUUCCUGAAAUGUUUUCCUCAAAAACCUUAUUUUCUUUGCAUCUGAAAAAAAGAAAGACAUCUUAAACAUGGGGGUGAGGAAAUUUUCAGGAAAUGUUUAUUCUGGAGUGAACUAAUCAUUUAAAUCUUUGCAGAUAAGACAGCUGCCACCAUUACAACAUUCUUUGUGAAAGCAAUGGACUACAGAAAUUCAAAUUAAUAUAAUUUUCUAACUUU